AAGACGCUGGACGUCACUGUAAUCCAGAGGAAAGAGACACAGAAACAUCUGUAGUUUACAGCUGUGUUUCCUAAACUUGUGUCAAGUACUCCGUCAACAGCACAAAUGACCUCAUUUCAACUAAUAUAAUAUAAUAUAACGUACAAUUCAAACCAUGUUAUUCUGGAUUGUCCGUGCAUUUUUAUAUUUAUUUAUUAUUAUUCUUUUUUUUUUAUUGUUGAAUGUUUGUUAAUGUAGGCUGUCUAGCAUGUCCUUGUUGGAUGUUGAGCUCAAGGUUUGUGUGGUUAGUUUGAUCUGUUCGCUCCUGCUGGUAGAUGCUGUAUUUGCACCGAUCUGCUGCUGAAGUCGAGUCGAUCUAUCACAGUAUCGAUCAAAUGACUGACUGAACAAUAACUGCUCAUCAACAGCACAUCUAAAUCACUUUUUGAUUUAGACUUUUGUAUUAAUGUUGCAUAUGCUUUGAAAACUAUGAAUGGUAGUCCUAGACAGCAGUCAGGACAAAAAUAAGAUCUCUUAAAACCUUAAAGAUACUCCAAAAGUGUAUAUAACAUCUACUAUAAUUCAGUAUGAAUAAAUAUUUACAAUUUAAAUGUUGCAAAUGGAGAAAAAUGUCAGUCAACAUGGUUUGAAAGGCUGUAAGAAAGAUGCUCUUUGCAGCCAGAUGUAGUUACAACAUCUACCAGCAGGAGCUGAAAUAGACCUCACUAACCAGCUAAACUUCAACCGCUUGAUAAGAAGCAGCUUCACUUCAGACUCUGUGUCACUUUGUCAGCAUCUUGUUCUGUCUUCAUGCUCAGUAAUGCAGUAAAGAUGUAUGGAAGUGUAAUGUGUUGCUUUAGUUUUUUCACUAUUAUAUUUUCAAAUGUUGUUCAUCAGAGUUCAGUUCAGUGUGGAGAGAGAUCAGAUGCUGAAACCCUUCAGUCACAUUGAAGAAAACUUACUGUGUCUUUAUUAUUAAAGAGUCUUACUUUCUCAAUAUUUUUCUUCACGCAGAAAGGAUUGUGUUGAAAUAAGCAUCUGCUUGGUAAGGUCUUUUGUGGAGCUGCUGUCUGUCACUCGUGUAUCUGUCAGACUGAUGUGACCGUAAGAAUGAGCUUCUCAGCAACAGUCUCUGUGUUUCUGCUGAUUGUGAGCAGUUCAGUGUGUGUGGAGAUUACAGCGAGAGGAACAGAAGGAGAACAAGUGGCUAUUAAGUGUCCUUAUGCUAAAGGAUAUGAAAACACCAACAAAUACUUCUAUAAAGGACCUUACAAAGAUAAUAAUCUUAUACUAAAAUCUGAUGGAGGAGAGUCAGUGUCUGACGGCAGAUUCUCUCUGUGGGACGAUCAUCAGACGGGUUCAUUUACGGUGACCAUCAGAAACCUGAGGAUGGCAGAUGCUGGACUGUACAGCUGUGGAGCUGGAUGGGGAGACUAUAAACUAAUCCAGCUGAAUGUGAUUAAAGCUCCACAGAAAACAAGGCCUGUCCAGAUCUCAACCACCACCCUCCAUCCAGAUCAAACUACGAGCUCAUUUUCAAACACGCCGCCUCAUUCGAGCUCAUCAGACAUGAAGCCUCAAUCCAGCACCAUCACAAUCACAGAUCAUCACAUCUCCUCACCAGGUUCAUUUGUGAUUAUCGUCACUGCAGAGGUUUUGGUUUUACUCCUGAUAGGACUUACACUGAUUAUAGUGGCUCUGUGGAAGAAAAAGAAGAAUAAAGGUCUGCUGUCGUCCUCCAUCGAAGAGUUUAAUCCAGUGAUUUAUGAACAGAUGAAAGACGCUGGACGUCACUGUAAUCCAGAGGACAGAGACACAGAAACAUCUGUAGUUUACAGCUGUGUUUCCUAAACUUGUGUCUUAUGAGUCCCUACAGACCCAUCAGUGAGACUCAAGCAUCUCUUUAUCAACACAACAACACAAAUGAGUUCAAUUGAACUAAUAUAAUAUAACAUCAUAUUUAAUAUGAUACUAAAUAUGUACAGUUUGGCAAGCACCACUAAUAUAUUGCAUUUAUGAGCAUGUUGAGAACCAAGAGAAAUAAUCUUCACCUUUCACAUAAUUUUCAUGAUUUUACUGAAAAUCAGUCAUAAUUGAGCUUAUUUUGUUCACUUUACUCACAAUCUUUUUUUAUUAUGUUUAUCGUUGUUGUUAUAAUUGUUCAUUGCAUGUUUAAAUCUGACAUGCACAAAUAUGGAUAAUUUGAAUUUAUUAAUUUCUGAAGUCGAGUCUCAUGAGUUACUGCAAUCUGCAGCUUAAUGGACAAAUUAAACCAUGUUAUUCUGGA